CUCAGCUCCGCCAAGCCUGCCAGUCAGUCCAAACCCAAGAAAAGCCGCUGUGACCACGUCUUGCUGUGUUCGCCCAAACAGCACAGGAUAUCCACCGACUUGUUCGCCGUUCGCACAGCUUAUCCAACCCGACAGAGAGCAGCGGGCUAGCAGGAAACAUGGCUGCAAUCGAGGAGCUUUCCCCCGCUGCGGGCCCGGUGUCUACCCGGCCCCCCGAGGACGAGAUUGACGACGAUGAAGAUGAAGAUCUAGAUGAGACUCUGAUGGAGAGGUUGUGGGGCCUGACAGAGAUGUUCCCUGACACAGUUCGCACAGCUGCUGAAGUGUCUGCACAAUGCUCGGUCUCACUGGCCAAGAAAUUUUACAGUUUUUCCCGCUCGGCACUCUGGGUCGGUACUACCUCCUUCAUGAUCUUGGUCCUGCCUGUUGUGUUUGAGACAGAAAGACUACAGCUGGAGCAGCAGCAGCUACAACAGCAGAGACAGAUCCUGUUGGGGCCCAACACUGGAAUGUCUGGUGGGAUGCCGGGCAUGAUGCCUCCUGCACCUGGCAAGAUGUGAGACACAGGAAGGGCCAACGUGAUCCUGAGAUCUGCUGCCAACGAAACAGCGCGGCCGGUCGCAAGGAGAGACAGAGAGACCAUGGAGAAGGGCAAAGAACUGCAGUUAGAUGAAAAAUAAAAUAAAAA